GACACGAGGAUCCUAGGCACUCAUAUCCUGGGCUUGAGCCAAAGUCGCAUGGAGAAAUUCACCAAUGAACGCAAGCAGGAGCUGUGGGGGCAGUUUCUCAAUGUGAAUGACAAGGUCUUCAAGCGUCGAAAGAAGCUUGGUCUCAAGUUUGAUGGAUCAAUCUCCACCAUUGCUGGCAUUGACGCCUAUCUCCGCACCCUCCCGCCCGUGGGUCCACCGCUCCCCGCCGGCGAAAAGUACAAUCCCCUUGCGGCCCUGCUGCAUCCCCUCCCGGACGAGGAGCCCACCAUCGAGCUGGGCAAGGUGUGGUGUUGCCGCUGCCGAGGCCACCUCUGCGGCCGCACAUACCCCCGCCAUCUCCGCCCCUGACCUCUCCACCAUUGCAGGCAUUGACGCCUAUCUCCGCACCCUCCCCCCAUGGGUCCUACGCUCUCCCCCGGCGAAAUGUACAAUGCCCUUGCGGCCCUGCUGCAUCCCCUUCCCGACGAGGAGCCCACCAUCGAGCUGGGCAAGGUGUGGUGUUGCCCUAGGCGGAGGCUGCAGUGAAAGCCAAGAAGGACGCCGAGCAACGUUGCUCAACUGCUCGCAGACCUUAUCACGAACAACGCGGCGGACUUGGCGGAGAUCGCAGACGCACGGAACGGGGCUGCUGCUAUGGCGUGGUGGUCUCAAAAGUGACAAGAACCUGGCACAGUUCUGUCAUUGGUAGAAUGGCGGCCAUCCUGAAACCUGAAGUAUACCAGGAGACCAGUAUCUCCAGUGCAUGUCACCGCUAGCGUUAGCAGCCACAUUCUCAACGGCUGGGAAAGGUUG